AAGUGAGGGGCGGAAUUAGGUUUUUUUUUUCUCUUUCCUUUGGUCCUUUGUGGGUUCUCCUCAUUCUUUAUUAAACGCAUAACGAUGGAUAAAGUGGCACGAAAGAAACUCAAUUUGGCGGUUUUACAACGGCACGAUCCUGCCAUAGUGGAUAUUCUCGAUCAGUCUGCCCAUGCCGUCGUCUACAAAUUCUCUCCAGACAAACAAAGCUGGGAGAGACUAGGUUACGAAGGCGUCGUGUUUGUCACCCAAAGGCGACGAGCACCUUAUUUUGGAUUGUAUAUAUUAAAUCGGCAAACCAUCGAAAAUUACUCUUUAUUAUUAAGCGACUUUGAAGAAAUCAAGUUAACAGACGAUUUCAUUAUCUAUCAGACCAACGAAGGACAAGCGUGUGCUCUGUGGUUAUUCGAAGAAAAAGAUCGGGAACGAAUGUUGAAAGUGAUGACAAAAUUGCACGAUGGAAUAAAAAAUAUGCCAUUAGAACGAGAACAGACACAAACAAUACAUGCAACCACAGUGGAACCAUCUUCUUCUUCUACUACUGCUACUACUACUACAACUACCGCAAGUGCUCCUUCAGUUUCUGCGCCUCUAGGAAAAUUGAAUCUCCUGCAAAUGUUGCAGCAAGCAACGGUUCAACCGUCGCCGAAGGGACCGGAAAAUGCGCCUUCACAGCCGGUGCCUGCGCUAUCGGCGCCGUCGCCUCCGCAUAAUCAAGGUGAUUUGUUAAAGAUUUUGCAACAAGGGAUGGCGGGAUCGUCUAUGCCACCGAUGCCACCGCCGCCGCCACCACCACCUGCCGCGAUGGCGGAGCAGAAUGGACAUAAAUUACUGGAAUUACUGAAACGAACGACGAUUCAACCUACGCCACCGACCGAGCCUCCAUUACAAUACCCUUCCUCCCCUGCCGCCCCCAUGUAUGGCGCACGACCUUUGGGUACCGAACUUACCAAACCCUUCCAACCGCCUUACCCUGCCCCGAUGCGUGCUGGCUCGCCACGGAAUCCCGCCGCACUUUUGCAGACAUUGCAAGGAGGAAGUACGCCCAGUCGGUCGCCUAAACUCGAUCCUGGCGCAGCCUUGAUCUCGAUGUUAUCGCGAUCCACGCCGCCCGAUCACGCUCCCGCGCUCACCAGUCAAGAAGCCGUUCACUGCAGCGCCAGAGAAAUGGAAACUCGGUUAGGGAAGCAACCCGCAGUGGUGUCAAAGGCCGAAUUUAUUCACCAAUUUUUGAACAUGGUCCAGCAUGAUGCCUCAUUUUUGGACAAUCUGUAUGAACACUACAAAUCGUCUCAAUCUUUGCCUUGCGCUCCUGAUAGGUCGAUGCCUGUCAAUGGAUACAGACAUGGACCUGCUCAACCAUAUCCUCGGUAGAUACACCGUAAUGUGAACCAAAGAAAAUGGAUAUUCUCGUUCAAAGUUUUGACAAUCAUUUUGUGAAGAUUGCCGUGCUAAUAAUGAGGAUAACUCCAUCGACAUAAUAAAGCUUUAAUGUUGUAGGUCCUUCUCAUAAUGUAUGAUCAAGGAUAAAAAGGAAAAACGGAUACAAUAUGGGAUCGGCCCAACAUAAGCAUUUUUAAAAAU